AUGUUGAGAGUAUUAUGGAAGCAUAACUCCAAAGUCACUCGUUCGAUAGAACUAUCGAAUGUUUUUAUCACAUACCACACCAAGAGUUUAAGGAGGCCCUUCUGGAUCUAUCCGAAAAGAUACUAUGCUCAAUCUUGGGACAACAGGCAGCCUAAUGAUAAGAUUGAUGCACACAUUAAAGUGCAAAAACUUAUGGAUGAAAUAAAUUCGAGGCCCAAUGUUCUGGAAAAGUUAGAACGAGUUAGUAACAUCAUGAUCGAAAAAAAAUUGGUUAAUUUAGAUGCGACUUCCGCCAAUGAAGAAACUACGAUGAAACCAUGGCAAAUGAUUAAGAUCUUAAUGGAUAGAGAUCUGAGACAUGCUAUGAAGGAGUUUAAAUCGGAAUUGGAAGAAUCUGGCAUUCAAUUAGGACCUGAUCAAUUGGGCCCGCUAAUGACCGUUUUAGGAUUGGAGAAGAAAAAAUGA